AUCACCUAAGGACAAAAAAAAAAUAUGUUAGCCAACGACAAACCGCGUCCGUCCCAGCGAAAUUAUACAAUUUUUAUUUAAAUAAUAUCAUAUAAAGCCUAACGACUUCCUCUAUCAUACCCCGAUAAUGUUGUUCUAACGUCUACUUUUCUUAAAAUGUCAGCGAACCACAAUUUGUAUGUACGAAAGACAAACUUUUUCAUCUAUCCAAACAAGUAAAACUCUUUCUACUAUUUUUUGUUUAUAGCGUUUCAUUUUCCACUAUCUUCUAAAACUUUAUAACCAAGUAAUUGCAUAUAACUUUUUUUCCACUAUUUUAUUAUUAGUUCGAUUAGCGAAAAUUUUAUUUUGAGAAAUGCAUAGACAUAGACUAUUUAUAGAUUUUAAAAAUUUAUUUGAAUAGUCACAACUAUUUAAUUUGAAUAGUCACAUUCUUUCUAUUUAAAAAUAGUUAUUUUGAAAAAAUACUUAUAGAAAUAGUCAUAACUCUUCACAUGAAUAGUCACAACUUAUUAAAUAUACAUCUCUUAAAACAAAGAAUUGUACAAAGACAUUUUUGAAUAUUUAACAUCAUAAGAAAAAAAAAUAACUAUAUAGACAACUUUUGGAAAAAACACAACUUUUCAAUAUUCAACUUUUAGAAAAGACGCAACUUUUUGAUAACUUAUAGAAAAGACACAACCUUUCAACAUAAGUGAGAUUCACAACCUUUCAACAUAAGUGAGAUUCACAACCUUUGGAAUUAAUUGGGAUUGCUAUUAUUAGUAGAUAUAUGAAAGCCGUUAGAAAAAAAAAGGUUAUCCAGAAAUUUUGAUUUUUAAUUUGGGUACUACUGAAAAGUCUAAUAUUGAUACAUUAAUUGCAUUUUCUAACAUGUAUUGCUAUAUUAAUGGCUAUAUUAAAUUCAUUUGUAUUCGAACAUCAUUUACUUUUCAAAAGCAAAAAUUAUUAUAGGAUAUCUUUUCCAUCUUUACUAAAUUUCAUAAAUACGCUAGCAUUUUCUCUUCCAUAUCUGGGAAAAUUUAUACUGCUAUAUUAAUUGCAUUCGUAUGUCAGCAGUGAAAUAAAUCAUAACAAGGAAACAACAUGUACUUUAUCUGAUUAUUAUUAUGCUUUAAAUUAAUAGCAUUUCUUUCGUAAAAAGAAUAAAUAUUGUUUCAAAGACUUGUUCGUUUUCCUUGUGCAUAACCCCAAUGAACCAUUGAGAGCACUUCAAAAAUAUCAAAACAUCUUGGAAAUUAUAAUCAUGAUCAGUCGAAUGAUGGCAAGUUUAACUGUAUUCAUCAUUUUAAUCAUAGCUGUGAUGGUCACCGGAAGAGAGUAUGAUGAUACUCGUGAUGCUGAAAUAGACGAACUUUUGAAAAAACUAAAUAAACCUGCUCUUAAAUCCAUCAAGAGCCCAGACGGAGAUAUCAUAGAUUGUGUUCACAUGAAGAAUCAUCCAAUUUAUGAUAAUCCUUUAUUCAAAAACCACACCAUUCAGAUGAGACCAAGUUCUUACCCAAAAGGAUGGAACAAAGAAGCUUCAAAAACCCAAAACCAUAGUAUGGUGAUGCAACUCUGGACAAUCAACGGAAAGUGUCCAAAAAAUAGUAUUCCGAUCAUAAGACCGAGAAGAGAAAACAUUUUACAAGCUGAAUCAGUAGAAAGAUACGGGAGAAAAGAUCCCAAUAGCCUCCCUCAACCAAAGCCAACCAAUCCACCAAGUAAUACUACAAAUGAGUAUGCCAUAGUUACCGUAAAUUCGCCACAAGGCAAAUUUCAUGGAGCCCAAGCGGAUAUAAAUGUGUGGAAGCCCCAUGUACAAACGCGAAGAGAAUUUAGCCUAGCACAAAUAUGGGUCAUGGGUGGCACUUAUCCUAGCCGCGACACCAUUGAAGCUGGUUGGCAGGUGUUCCAGCGAUUUUAUGGUGAUGACAAGCCUCGAUUUUUUAUUUAUUGGACGGCUGAUGAAUACAAAAAGACAGGCUGCUACGAUCUUAGAUGUCCAGGUUUUGUUCAUGUCAACAGAGAUUUUGUUAUAGGUGCACCUAUGCCUAAAGUUUCCGUCAUGGGUGGUCGACAAGCAUCAUUUCUCACAACUAUAUGGAAGGAUCCCCGCACAGGGAACUGGUGGUUGAGAUUGGGUUACUAUCAGAUUCUCGGGUACUGGCCUUCCUCAUUGUUCAGUAAUUUAAAGAAUGGUGCUUCAGAAAUUCAUUGGGGAGGUGAAAUAACAAACUACAAGGAGGAUUCACAACACACAUCAACGAAUAUGGGGAGUGGUCGUUUCGGAUAUGAGGGAUAUAAAAAGGCUAGUUAUUUCAUGAAUCUUGAGAUAGAAGAAGACGGUGUUACGAAACCUCCUGAAAGUCUUACUCCCUUUGUGACUAAUCAGAAUUGUUACAAUGUAAUCCGAAAUCCUUUCCAUCCUCAGUUGGGGGCUUCCUUUUAUUAUGGUGGUCCUGGUCGAAAUGCUAUGUGUAAAUGAUUUCAUAUAUAUGUUAUGAAAAUGAGAGCAUGUAUAUGAGUCGAUCUAUAAUAUUAACCACCGUCGUAUCUAUAUAUAUACGUGAUGGUGCAAUAAAUUUUAAAAGAUAA